AUGCGUCUCAGCAUUGCUUCUGUCGUCGGUCUCGUUAUCGCUCCGGCGUUGGCGGGCUGCCCAUAUGCUCGGGAUCUGGGCUUGGACAAAAAGAACCCUCACGUCAAUGCGCCUCGCGACGCUGCCUCAAAAUGCUCAACAUCAUCUACCGCGUCUGCUACACCAGCGGUUGGAAAGAAGGGUAUCUUCUAUAUGAACCGUAUUGGACCCUCGGGAUCCCAACUAUGGAUUUCCAACGCAGACGGCACCAAUGCCACUCAAUUAAUGGGCAACAAGACCGACGCCUUUGAUUACCACCCUACUUGGUCGCAAGACGGAAAAUGGAUCGUUUUCACCAGUGAACGACGCGGAGCAGGACAGUCAGACUUGUACCGUGUGCACCCCGACGGAACGGGUCUUCAAACUCUUGCCGACACCGACAGUGUAGAGGAUGCCGGCACUUUGUCCCCAGAUGGAAACACUCUGGCUUACGUUUCCACCUAUGGAAAUUAUACGAUGAAUAUUUGGGUCAAAGACAUCGAGACAGGAAUCGCGCGUAACCUUACUGACACUCCUGCCAACCGGGCCGACAACACCUGGCCUACUGGCCAUUACCGUCCUUCAUGGUCUCCCGACGGGAAAUGGCUCGCCUUCAGCUCGGACAGAGAUAACGAUUGGACUGGUCACAGUGACGGUGUUGGCUGGGAACACACUCAGAACCUUGGCAUCUACAUUGUUCGCCCAGAUGGUUCGGGCUUCCGCAAGAUUCUGCACGAGGAUGGGUUUGCUUUCGGUACACCCCAAUGGUCUCCUGAUGGCAAGCGCCUCAUUUACAACAACAUGACAAGGGAGAACACCUACUAUGCGCACGGUGUUUCUAGCGAGCAGGAGAUUGUUCCUUCUCAGAUUUACAGUGUUGAUGUCGCCACGGGAAAGAAUAUCAUCAAGCAUGUCUCUGAUUCUAACCUCAAGGUUGGCCAACACUACAUCGCUAAUUCGACCAACAUUGGCUAUGUGAUCAAGGCCGGUGAUUCAGAGGGAAUCAGUUAUUCUUCCGCCAACAAGAUUCACAAGUCCUUCAACCUGACUGGUCUUCGAGAGCCCUCCUGGUCUCCCGAUGGCUCUAAGAUUGUCUACAACGUUCUCAACUGGGAUCAGCAGGUCGGCGGUCUUCAGCUUUGGAGUUUCGACAGUGAUUGGGAUUACCGCUACAUGGAUGUUUUCCCUAUGCACAAUGUUGCAUCCAACACUCUGGGCAUCACACAGAAGGUACUAGGAGGCGCCAACAGCUCCCUUGUGACCUCAUCAACCAAGUACACCGACCUUACCGACUCACUUGAUUCUUACGAUAUCUACUCCGCCGAUAACGAAACCGAGGUCGAAUGGCUGCUAGAGGGUAACUCCGGUGCCUUCCAGCCUUCAUUCAACCCAGAUGGCGAUGAGCUCGUCGUCGGAUUCGGUGCCUGGUUCGUCACUCGUUCUACCGAUACCGGUGCCAUCUACCGCGUCGCAGCCAACGGCAGCUCCCACACCAACCUAACCGAUUGGGAAAACAACGCCGGUUUCCCCUCAUGGGCCCCCGAUGGAUCGGCCAUCGUAUACCGACUAUGGAACAUUGAGUCUGGUGCUCCCCAGGGCAUCCAGCUUCUCAACUUCACCACCGGCGAGACCACAAAAUUGACCCACGGCUGGGAUAACACCCCCGGCUGGUCCCCGGACGGCGAGCGCAUUGUCUUCACCCGCAACAACAACUGGACCGAGUCAUACGGAGCCCGGUGGUACGCGGACCGCUUCGAUAUCUACACUAUUCGUCCGGAUGGCUCUGAGUUGACCCAGGUCACUGACAGUCUGGCCAAUGACGCACACGCUGUUUGGUCCCAGGAUGGCCGCAUCAUGUGGUCUACCGGCAUGUACGGUUUCAAGGAUGAGAGCGCCCUCUACGACAACACUUUCCAGCCUUAUGGCCAAAUCAUGGUCAUGAACUAUGAUGGAACCGACAAGCACAUUGUCACAGAUACCGUUUGGGAGGAUUCUAUGCCCCUCUACAUGCCUAAUGAGUAUCUUGAUUAG